CGCCAUAUCUCGCGAUAACAGCACAACAUAAAUACAGCUGCUGUCGCCUCACACCUUCAUCAGUCAGCUCACUUACAGUUUGGAAAAACUAACCGUUUUGUUUAAGCAGACAUGGCAGCAGCUGCAGUUAUCUCUAACCAGAGUGUGGUGGAAAGGGUGACCAGCCUCCCUCUGGUGAGUUCCACCUACGGCCUGGUGUCCAGCGUGUACUCCAACACCAAAGACACACACCCUUACUUCAAGAGUGUGUGUGAGGUGGCGGAGCAGGGAGUGCGCACCAUCUCCUCUGUGGCUUUCACCACCGCUUCCCCCAUCAUCGACAAGCUGGAGCCGCAGAUUGCCAUUGCCAAUGACCUGGCCUGCAAAGGUUUGGAUAAAAUCGAGAAGACGUUGCCGAUUCUUCACCAGCCAUCUGAGCAGAUUGUCUCCGGAGCCAAGGACUCGGUGUCGGGCACUCUGAGCAGUGUUCGGGGCGCAGUGUAUGAUGGGAUGGAUAAGACUCGGGCUGUGGUCAGUGGGAGUGUGAGCACAGUGCUGGAGAGCAGAGUGGCCCGGAUGGUGAGCAGCGGCGUGGACUCCGCCCUCAGCACGUCUGAGAGUCUGGUGGAGCAGUACCUGCCUCUGAGGGAGGACGAGCUGGGUGAGUGGGCCAAAAAACUACAUCUCACACACUGAACACAGGAAUUAUUUUAACUGGUGUGGUGAAAAGUAUAAACAAUUACAUUAAUAGAAUAUUAAAAAAGCAAACAAUGACGAAUAAACGUUAGACUUGUUGUUCUGUAAUAGCUGUAUCAAGGGACUUAUCUAGAUUUCCUGACAAUUUUUACUUGAAUUAGUUUCUCAUCAUUCAAGACAUCCUUGUUGACAGUAAAUAAUGGCAUCCCAUUGCAGGAAUUUAUAACAAACAAUACUGUAGCAUUUACAUUUUAAAUGGAUAUUUUUUAAGAAAUUGACCAGUAAAUAACUACAUUGCAGUACACAGUCAUUUACAGCACUUCCCAGUUCAGUAGAGAAGCAGCGCUGACAAAAUAUCACCAACAAAACUAACAUAAAAUAACUAUUAUC